GAUUCGUAAUUGACCGAAAAUAGUAGAAAUAGACAUUCAACCCGAGGAAAUGAAGAGAGUAAGUUGAGAAGAUAAAAUGAACACUAAUUCGCCGGCCGAUGCGGUGGUGCAUCCGGCAAUCGCACCCUUGUCGUACCUGCUGGGCACAUGGCGGGGACAAGGCGAGGGCGGCUAUCCCACAGUCUCCUCCUUCUCAUACGGCGAGCAGCUUCAUUUCUCCCCAAUUUCCGGCAAGCCUGUGAUAGCUUAUACUCAGAAGACUUGGAAACUCAGCUCCGGUGAGCCUAUGCACGGAGAGAGUGGCUACUGGAGACCCAAGCUUGACGGUUCUCUUGAAGUUGUCAUUUCUCAGAGCACCGGUCUUGUUGAAGUUCAGAAAGGUACCUAUAACGAACAGGAGAAAACUAUCAAACUUCAGAGUCAACUGGUGGGCAAUGCAUCUAAGGUGAAAGAAAUAAGUCGAGUCUUUGAAUUUGCAAAUGGAGAACUGUCUUACAUUGUCCAAAUGGCUACUAACCUGAAUAAUCUUCAACCACAUCUGAAAGCUGUGCUUAAGAAGGUCCACUGAUACUAUAUGGCCGAUCAAGGUUCACUCAUUUAUAUCUUUGCAAAGCUGGUAGACAUGGUUUUUCAUUAUCUUCUUCUUUCCAUGUAAAUAUUCUGCAGGCAACAGUGACUGUCUCCACCCCAUGUUGCAUAUAGAUUUUGAUUUUAUUCAGUUGGUUGAGACUCUCUUUAAAGUUAGUUCAUCUUAAACCCCUAUUGUGAAAUUGUUGGCUGUUAGUCCUAAUCAAGAAAUUUGCUAGCAGCAUCUUCCUGUGGUCAAUGGGUGCUGAAUGAUGCUAUUUGUAUACAAGUAAUAAUUUCUUGGGAUAAUUACUAUCACCCCCUUGAGCUUUGGUCAAAAUUACUAUUUUUUCUGCAUUUGAUAAAAAUUAUUGUUUCUCUA